UUGUCAAAAUCAUAAGACCGGAUGUCAGAGUUGCCAGAGAAAAACUUCCGUAAAUGCGUACUUUUCUUGCGCAGUCGUAAAAAUUCCUAUAGGUGAAAGAAUUGAUGAAAUUCUUGGCAUGAAUCGCAUGAACAUGAUGGAACAAGUCCAUUUAGCUGGCGAGGACGAAGAUGACAUUUAUGGGGGCUUCAAUGAUUAUAAUGCCACCCUGGAUGUUGAUGAUUUACAACACGAUACGUCCUUCCAGAAAGCUGUGAUGAGAACAAGUCAUGGCCGCAGACCUCCACCUACAGCAGCCAGGGGAUUGGGGGGAGUUCCUGGAACAGCCGCCAGAGGUAGAAUGGGAAUGCCCUCCUCCAUGGGCCGCCUAAAUACAGGAGCAGUGGGAGGUGGCCAGGAUAUGGCUCGUCCAAUGACAGCUGUGAGAGGAGCUGGGUAUACGUCAGCCGGUAAUAGAGCUGCAGGUUUUGAUCCCAUGAAUCAGGCAGGACCUGCUCCCCCACUGGAACCCAAGCCAGAGGAAAGCCCAGAAGAGAAGAUUCGUCAGUUGGAGAAGAAAGUGAAUGAACUGAUAGAGGAGAGCUGUUUUGCUAACAGCACUGGAGACCUUAGUUUGGCUCUUGAAAAGGCUAAAGAAGCAGGGAGGAAAGAAAGAGUUCUAGUUCGACAGAGGGAGCAACAGUCUAUGGGAGAUCAGAUUAACCUUGACCUUACCUACUCUGUGUUGUUUAACCUAGCCAAUCAGUACGCUGCCAAUGAGAUGUUUAAUGAAGCACUGAACACUUACCAAGUGAUUGUCAAAAACAAAAUGUUUACAAAUGCAGUUCAGAUGUAUGUGACUAUGGGCGAUAUGAAUUACGGUCGAUUAAAGGUGAACAUGGGGAAUAUAUACUUUAGACAGAGGAAUUAUCCCAAAGCCAUCAAAUUCUACAGAAUGGCCCUGGAUCAGGUGCCCAAUUCUCACAAGGAAAUGAGAACAAAUAUCAUGCAGAACAUAGGGAUUGUGUUUGUGAAGAUGGGGCAGUACAAUGAUGCCAUCACGUCGUUUGAACACAUCAUGCAGGAAUCUCCCAACUUUAAGACAGGUUUUAAUCUCAUCCUUUGUUACUUCGCCCUGGGGGACAGAGAGAAGAUGAAGAGGGGGUUUCAGAAACUGCUGACUGUGGACCUCAAAAUUGACGAUGAGGACAAAUAUCUCCCUCAUGGGGAGGAUAAAAACUAUAACCUGAUUCUGGAGGUCAUCAAAAACGAUUCCCUCCGACAGAUAGAGAGAAAAAGGAAGUAUGAUGCAGAGAACUGCAUUAAGACAGCGGCCAAGAUCAUCUCUCCGGCCAUUGAAGCCCAGUUCUCAGUGGGAUACGACUGGUGCACAGAGCAAGUUAAGUCAUCACAGUACCUUGACCUUGCCCAUGACCUUGAAAUUGACAAGGCCAUCAUGUUCCUGAAAGAGAAAGAUUUCAACCAAGCGAUCGAGACUCUGAAAUCGUUUGAAAAGAAGGACACAAAAGUAGCGAGCACCGCGGCCACCAACCUGUCCUUCCUGUAUUUCCUGGAGAAUGAUUUAGAGCAGGCUGACAAAUACGCAGAGCUGGCAAUGAGUGCUGAUAGAUAUAAUCCUGCAGCUCUGGUAAAUAAGGGAAAUGUGUUGUAUGCCCGAGGAGAUUAUGAAAAGGCAAGAGAAUUCUAUAAAGAGGCUUUACAGAAUGAUUCCUCUUGUGUGGAGGGCUUAUACAAUCUAGGGUUAACCAAUAAAAAGAUAAGUCGAUUAGAGGAUGCGUUAGACUGUUUCUACAAACUCCACGCCAUUCUACGGAACAGUCCCCAAGUCAUGUACCAGAUAGCAGAUCUACAUGAUCAGCUGGAGGACACAGCUCAAGCUACAGAGUGGUUCAUGCAGUUGAUAGGCGUGGCUCCCACAGACCCCUCGGUUCUCGCAAGGACGGGAGAAAUCUACGACAAUGAGGGAGAUAAAUCUCAGGCAUUCCAGUACUAUUAUGACUCAUAUCGAUACUUUCCCUCCAACAUUCCUGUCAUUGAGUGGUUAGGAGCUUACUACAUAGACUCACAGUUCUGUGAAAAGGCCAUACAUUACUUUGAGAGAGCAGCCAUUGUUCAGCCAGCUCAGGUGAAGUGGCAGUUGAUGAUAGCCAGCUGUUACAGAAGGAGUGGAAAUUAUCAGCAAGCCCUGGAGACCUACAAAAAGAUUCACAAGCGAUUCCCCGAUAAUAUAGAAUGUCUACGUUAUCUAAUGAGAAUCUGUUCAGAUCUUGGGUUACCAGAAGCUCAGGAAUAUGCUACCAAGUUAAAGAAAGCAGAGAAAACUAAAGAGCUCAGAGAACAGAGGGCAACCAGUGGAACUCGGAGAGGAAGUGGGCGUGGCAGGAGGGGAGAGGAAGAGCGUGAAGGAAGUGGUGGAGGCAGAAAAGGAAAAUCUAAAGGUCGUCGUCCACACCUGGAUGACAUUGGUGACGAGCCAUACCAGGUCGGACGUCAGGAAAUUGAUGCUAGCUACUCGGAUCCUUUGGGACCACAAAUGGAGCGUCCGAAAACAGCGGCUGCUCGUAAACCGGACAAUGACGAUUUGUUUGAUGAAGAUGUCGGUGAUGACCUUUUACCAGAAUAAACCUGCGACUAGUUCUACAAAACUCUGACCAAAUCCAAUGUUGUUAUAGAAGUACUGAAAUUGUGAAGAUCUGGUUAUCCGUCCAUUUUAUAAUUUAUUGAACACUGUAAAUAUAAUUGACGUAUAAUGAAAAUAAAAUCUGAUGUUGAUA